AUGCUGGUCCACGACUUGUACGCGGGCACCAGGCAGGCCCUCGUUUCGUACGGCCUGUCGACGCUGCUCCUCGCCAUCACCGCAGUCGCCCUCUACUUUGGCCACUGGUUCUUCAAGCUCUUCCGGGCUCGCUCCUUUUACUGGGGCUUGCCUCAACCGCCCAAUCACACCUUUCGCUAUGGCCACCUCAUGCUCUUCCACGAGGUGGCUGCUCAGUUCCCGCCCAACACGCACCCGCAGCACAUGUACACAUACAUGGCGCAGAAGUACAACCUCCCCGGCAUCUUCUACGUCGACUGCUGGCCCUUUGCCGACCACCAGAUGGUCAUCACCGACCCCGACGCCGCCAUGCAGGUCCUCACCAAGAACCCCUAUCCCAAGCACCGCCAGAUCGAGAAGUUCCUGCGCCCUUUCACGGGCAAGGACAGCAUCGCCGCCUCGAAUGGCGACCGCUGGAAGAUGAACCAUCGGAUGGUGGGCUCGGGCUUCACUCCGACCUACAUCAAGCCCAUGAUGGGUAUGAUUGUCGACCACGUCCUCGUCUUUCACGACACGCUUCGAAGGUUCGCCGAGUCGGGAGAGCCGUUCUCCAUGGAGGAGGAGUCAGCCAAGGUCGUGUUCGACGUCAUCGGCAAGAUUGUCUUUGGCUUCUCUCUCGACGCGCAGCGCAACGGUUCCCCUCUCCUCCAUGACCUGAGAGCCACCAUCGAUCCGGCGACGGCAACCCUGGACGACUCGUCGUGGAAGCCGUGGGCAAAUCGUGACGCGAAAAAGAAGCUGGCGGCGUUGAAGAAGCGUGUUUACGAUACCCUGGCCAAGGAAAUGAAUGGGCGUCUGCCCCUCCUCAAAGAGGAAAAGGACAUGACGAACCCGAGGCGCGCCAAGAGCAUCAUGGACCGCAUUGUGCUUGACAAACUCCAAAGCGAACCGAACACGACGAAACUCGGCGACGAGUUUAUCGAGACGGUCGUGACAAAUCUCAAGGCUCUCCUUCUAGGUGGCCACGGAACCACCACGGAUACCUUUACCUUUGCGACAAUGUUCUUGAGUCUGCACCCAGACGUAGUCGAGCGGCUGCGCAGAGAGCACAACGAACAUUUCGCCCCUGAUCUCGACACGACCGUGGAGCAGCUCGUUGCCAAACCAACCAAGACCAAUGAUCUCGAGUACACCAACGCCGUCAUCAAAGAGACGCUGCGAUUCUUCCCAAUCGGGUUCACCAUCCGGCAAGCCCCUCCUGGCGUCAAGCAUCUGGACUGGAACGGCAAGCGCUGGCCAGUCAAGAACUGCAUGGUCAUACCCUGCGCGCACACGUCGCACAUGGACCCCAAGCUGUGGAACGACCCGAAAACGUUCCGGCCGGACAGAUUCCUGGGAGAGGAAGGCGAGGAGAUGCAUCGCUUCGCGUGGCGGGCUUUUGAGCGCGGCCCGCGAGCUUGCAUCGCUCAAGACCUGGCCAUGGAUGAGCUGCGCGUCUUGCUGCUCCUGACGGUGCGGUGGUUCGAUUUUGAGACAAUCGUCGAGGGCACCAGCGAGAGGGUCAUGUACAUGGACCUGGACAAGCAAGUCGGCGACCUUGCGUUCCAGGAGGUCGGUAUGGAGGCGCGGCCGCGGAGGAGCAUGAAGAUGAAGGUCCACUUGAAGGGCAAGAGGCCUGCGCCUUCAAGUACGGAGGGAAAAGAGACGAAUGAGUCGAAGUGA